ACUCAAGGGAGAGCAGCUACAGCUGACGUGCCAUUCAAUCAAGGGUCUGCCCCUUUCCUCCCUUCAAGGAUGAUGUGCUCUGCAUAAUGGCUGUGAUGCCUUUGUUUCUUAAACUCACCUCUGCCAGAACCAGCCUGAAGUGAAGUGAGACUUGAGCGGACCAUGUGCCAUACUUCCCCCACAUUGUUUCUAUACUAUUUCGGACGAAUGUUCAUGAAAUAAACAAUAUAAACAAUACCAUUUACAGCCAGCUUACCUUCGACAACUAAUCAGUAUCUUUGUCGCGAUUGCUUCAGCAGGCCAUAUAUCCUUCUCAACGGAUAUCGACGCGUCCAACUGCAACGAAAAUGGCGUCGACAGCAGGAAGCGAAGAUAUGAUCUUCUCAUUUUGUGUGGGCCAGCAUGAGAGUAAACGCUCUCUGCCUGUCACUGCGGAGCUAGUGCAAAGGGCCCAUGAAAGUAAUUAUGACAUGUUGACAACCCCGGUGACGACCCCUCACUUCCACUCUCGAGUGCUCACUCUGCUCUCUUCUCAUCUAUCGAAUUCACAGCCGCCAUCUUACGAUGUUAGUGGCACAUUUGAGACGUCCCAGAAUACGCGACCUUUGACGGUUCCUCCUUUGUCAGCGGUCGAUACACCAUUGACCCCUAACGAUUCCAUAAGUCAGUUGAUGGGUGUCACUAGCACAUGGAUAGAUCUAUGUUCUCCAGACCCUCUGAUUGCGGAUAUUUCGAGGCAGAUUCUGAUGCUAGAGGUCGCCUAUGCAGCUUUCUGCGGUAUCGGUUACCUGGUCAUUCCCGGACCUAAGCUUCAUCAUGGAACUCUCCACUCAGAAGGCCUAAUAUAUUACGCAAGAGCCGUCCAGGAAGCUCUCAACCUCGCUCCGUACAUUCAGUUCCACAUCUGGAUGAAGAUGACCGAUAACUCUGAUCACGAAGUGGAUGAGAUAGGUGAUCUAGCUCCGUUUGCGCGAGAAGAGUUCCUCCAAGAUCUAGAUGAAGGGCGCGUUCCCAAAGCGGAUCCAUUCGGGACUUGGGAUGCAUGGGAAGUCAUCAGGAGAAUAUGUAAAUACCACACGAGGCUUUUCGUAGCCUUGUCCUUACCAAGGCAUCUCCCGGCGCUGCACGUCCAGUCGAGGUGGCACUGUGAGCCUGUCCAUUUGCUCACAAUCAAUGCCACUUCAUUCAUCAAAAACCAGAAAGGAUACCCCGUCUUGUCGAAGGCUCACCAGGCUCUCAUAGCCAAGUUCAUGCGACUGCGCACACCACCGUGGAUUCUUCUUUGCGAUGUUGGACCUAUCCCAGGGUCGGAUGGAGUUGACGCGGAAGACUCUCAGACGGCCACCGAACCUUCCAUAUCAGCCAGUUCGAACUAUCCAACUCUCGCCCAAUCCGUAGCACAAAGCAAGAAGCACCAUGAUCCAACUCCUCAUCUGUCGUAUAUCCGAAACCUUCAGCAAAGACAGCCGCCUCGCACUCCUAUCGAGCGCUUUGGAAUUGGGUACCAGGAUUAUCUGCAAGCACCCCUGCAGCCAUUGACGGUCAAUCUGGAGAGCAUAACCUAUGAGGUCUUCGAGAAGGACCCUAUCAAGUACGAGUGGUAUGAGCAAGCCAUCGCAAAGGCACUCAGAGACUGGGUGGAUCAGAAGAAGCCAACGUCGAGUCCCGACGGCCGCGUUGUUGUCGCCGUCGUUGGCGCAGGAAGAGGUCCCCUGGUUACUCGUGCUCUCCGAGCCAGUGCCGAAACUGGAGUCAGUGUCGAAGUAUGGGCAGUAGAGAAGAAUCAAAAUGCCUUUGUCCUUCUCCAACGCCACAACGAGAAUAUCUGGGGCGGAGAAGUCAAGCUGGUCAAAUCGGACAUGCGCAGCUGGAAGGGCCCAUGCAGAGAGCUGCCCCCGAAGAAUCCGCGAGAGUCAUACAUUGGACAGGCCAUCAGCCCUGACAGCUCGACGCUUCAAGUCUCAGAGACGAGCAACAAGGAACAGCAGCCAACGGCCCCCGCCAACCCUCCAGCUUCUGUGCUCACCCAUACUCCCAUCGAUAUACUCGUUUCGGAACUUCUGGGCUCAUUUGGAGACAACGAAUUAUCUCCCGAAUGCCUCGAUGGCGUCACCCACCUCCUGAACCCUGUUCAUGGUAUUUCGAUUCCGGCGUCUUACACCGCACACUUGACACCCAUAUCUGCUCCGAAACUUCACGCAGAUAUUACGGCUCAAACCGUCUCCAACCCUGCGGCCCCUGAAACGCCUUACGUGGUAAUGCUGCAUGCAAUCGACUAUCUCUCCACGACCCCACCGGCAGUCUCAGUCGUUAGCCCUCCUCCCACCUCAAGCGGCGGCGGCGCUGGUAAUGGCCCCAAGGACAGCAGCGGAAGCCGAUCUGCAACAUCCACCCCUCCUCCAGUUAUCGAAGGAACAACUCCAAUCGUACAGACAGCAUGGUCCUUCUCGCAUCCAAACCACAACAUUUCUCCUCCAUCCCAAGGCAGUUCCAUCCUUUCCAACGCACAUAACGUGCGUCAGACACGAUUGACAUUCCCCUGCCAGAACCGCGGCGUCUGCCAUGGUCUAGGUGGUUAUUUCGAGACUGUUCUGUACCGUGACGUCGAACUGUCCACGAAUCCAGUCACUAUGGACGCCAAGAGCUCAGGAAUGAUCAGCUGGUUCCCUAUAUUCUUUCCCUUGAAGACCCCACUCUACGUCCCUGACAACGGCCAAAUCGUCGUUACCAUGUACCGCCAAACAGACGACCGCAAAGUAUGGUACGAAUGGAUGGUUGAAGUCUUCGCCCUGGAGCGCAUCGCGGCACCCGCUUCUCCUACAGGCUACACGAGUCCCGUCAUGACUGGGGCACGAAUGGCAUCCCCAGGUCCCGAUAGCGCGCGAUUCAAGAGCAAAGAUCAGCUUCGGAAAGAAGGAUGGCGACGGGUUCGGGUCGGAAUGAGUGAUUUGCAUUCGAGCAUUAAGGAAGCUUGUCUGAUGUGAGAUGCAACGGAAUGGGACUAAUGCAGAGGCGGUGGGGGAGGAGGAGAGUCCUCUCAGGAUAAUAAAAGAGUGGUUUGGAAGAAUCCAAGAAAAUGUUCAAGAUAUCAGACAAGAGAGCAAGUAAUGUCCCUUUUUAGUCUAUCACUCACGUACGUCUACCUACAUUGGCAUCUUAGACUUUUUCGUUAUAUAUCCGACCUUCUAUUCCAGUAUGUUAUGUUUCCGUAGGCAAGGUUACUUUACUUCUAUUCAGACACGAUAUCCAGAAUAUAUUUAGCUGAAGGUUUAGGAACC